GUCGCGGCGGGAAGGCCACCAGCCAUGCCGCCACCGUGUCCCCGCGGAGCCCUGCCCGGGGCCUUCCUCCUCUUCUUCCUCCUCUUCGUCGUGCCGCUGCUCUGCGCAGCUCCCGGUGUUCCAAGAGGAAAUAAACUUAAGCGGAUGCUUCAGAAACGAGAAGUGGGGGGAUUCAUUCCAGCCCCCAUUGCCACGAAGCCGGAGGUGUCGCUGAAGGAAGAGGCAGCCAAGGGGUUCCUGCGCAGCCUGAGGCGCCCGCGGCGGCAGCUGUGGGACCGCAGCCAGCCCGACGUGCAGCAGUGGUACCAGCAGUUCCUCUACCUUGGCUUCGACGAGGCGAAAUUUGAAGACGACAUGUCCUACUGGACGAGCCUGGGGCGUGGUGGCAGCGAGUACUACGGGGGGUACUACCAACACCACUAUGAUGAGGACUCGCCCAUCGGCCCCCGGAACCCACACACCUUCAGGCAUGGGGCGGGAGUCAACUAUGAUGAUUACUGAUGGCUUUCGUCCUCCUACAGCUGGGGUGCAUGGGGCUGGGCAAAGCCAUGCCCUCCCCCAGUCAACGUCUCUGCUUCCCUCCUGUUCAUGUGCAACAGCAGGAGCCAAGGAGUUGCCAAGAAAGAAACAUGACUUUUCUUUUGUUAUUGUUACUUAGUAGUAUGCGAUUAUAUGAAGUGUUACAGAAAUAAAGCUUUUUUGAUAAAGCUUCCCAUUA